AUGCUGCCAAUCACCAACGAAUAUGCACGAAACACAUCACCACCUUCAUUCGGAGGCUCACGUCGCCAUCGUCGUUCCUCUCAUUCAAUUCCUAUAAUACUACGUCGUCUCUUUCGUUUUCCACAAAUGGACUUUGAAUUUGCUCUAUGGCAGAUGGCGUAUCUACUAAUCGCCCCUCGACGAGUAUAUCGCAACAUUUACUACCAUAAACAGACCAAGAACCAAUGGGCACGAGAUGAUCCGGCAUUUCUUGUAUUACUGGCUUCUUUAUUAUGCGUAUCGGCUGUUGCUUGGGGUCUUGCCUAUGGUUUAGGAAUGGUUGGUAUACUACGGGCAAUGCUUUUCAUGGUAUUGGUCGACUUUUUACUGGUAGGAUCUUUGGCAGCCACUUUUACUUGGUUCGUCUCAAAUCGAUUCUUGAUCAUGGAUACAAUGGCACAUGCGGUGGAACAAAAAGUGGAGUGGGCCUAUGCUUUUGACGUGCACUGCAACUCGUUUUUCCCGGUGUUCCUUAUCACAUACGUACUUCAAUUCUUUUUCAUGCCUGUGCUCAAGCACGACAACUGGAUUUCUCUCUUCUUUGGCAACACGAUCUACUUUUGUGCAGCUGUAUGGUAUAUCUAUGGUACAUUCUUGGGAUUCAAUGCAUUACCAUUCUUGGCGCACACUGAACUUUUCCUUUAUCCAAUCCUCAUUGGCACUAUUCUCUAUGUCGCUUCAUUGUUCGGCUUCAAUGUCAGCCAAAAUAUUCUUACUCUCUACUUUGGUACAACCUGA